AUGAGAGUCUCGUCUUUAUUUGCUAAUAUUGGCAUGAAAAUCAGCACAUUUAUUGCUAUCCAAGAGACUCUCUGGAAGUUUGUGAUACUGGAAGUGAACUGCAAGGAGAAGGUGAAGCAGAUCAUUGAGGACGAGGAGGACCACGUUGAAUUGAAUCCGUAUAUAAUGGAGCACUGCAAAGUCGCUGCUGAAGAGUACUGCUCGGAAUACCUUGUGAAAAGUGCCCACGACGAAGACUUGCUUGAAUGCUUGAUCCGCAGCAAGCCAAUGAUGAACCAAAAGCCGAAGUGUGCGGCCGCAAUCACACAUUUCCAGCUCAUCACUAUGAAAAGCAUGCAGUUCUCCAAGAAUUUCCGCGAAUCGUGUCUCGAGGACGUGCGGAAAUACUGUCGGAUCAAUGACCCGACCAACGCUAAACGAGACGAUGUGAUAAACUGCUUGAGCGAAGUUAUGCUAGAAGAAGCUCUGGAAGACGGUGAAUCUGACCAUUUAUCUCAAAAAUGCCACGACGAGCUUUUGGUGCAGCUUUACCAGCAAGAAGAGGAUAUCGACUUGAAUCCUGAUCUCAAAAGCGCCUGCGAGAUCGACAUGGCGUCCAAGUGUUCCUCAGUAACCGAACACGGAUUCGGCAAGAUGUUGGAGUGCUUACGCCAAAAUUUUGACUCAUUGAGCAAGCCGUGCAAGGAUGCUAUUUUCCAAGAAGACAUCAUUGCGGCUCGAGAGGAAAAGGUUGAUUACACGUUGGUGAACGUGUGUCACGGGAUGAUAAACCGAUACAAGUGUCCGGAAGAUGAGCUACUGGAUUGCCUCAAGGCGAGUGGAAUGAAUAUUCCCAGCCCACGGGAGGUGUACAAAGACGAGCCCGAGUUUGACCAACGAUGCCAGGAGGUGAUAGAGACGAGGAUGAUGGAGCACAAUUACGAUUACCGACUCAACCCGGACCUCCAUAAGGCGUGUAAUGAUGACGUGAAGAAAUUCUGCUCCAGGCUCAUGGACCAACACAGUAGCCGACACCCGAGCUUGUUGCAAGGCCACGUGAUCCAAUGCCUCAAAGAUCAAAUGGCUCAACAUCCCGAAACGUUGACGCAGCAAUGCCGAAAUCACGUGACGGUCGUCAUGCAGGAAGCUGCCAAGGACUUCCGUCAAAACCCGACUCUUCGGAUAGCUUGUCGUGAAACGAUUAGAAGCCAGUGCAAGAACAAGCAGCCCGACGAGAUGGAAGAAUGCCUGAAGCAAGCGUUCUUGAACAGGACGGACAAGAAGAAGAAUGGCAUGAUCAUCGAGAACGAAUGCAAACGACAACUUGAGAACAUCAUUUUAGCCGCUCAGUCCGACAUUCAUUUGGAUCCGGAAUUGUACAGCGUUUGCAUGCCGUACGUUCGGGCAUUCUGCAAGGACGUUCAGCGUGGGGACGGAAGA